AUGCCGCGACCAAAACAACCAUCAUCAGCCAACAACAACUCACCAUCAUCACCAGUGACUUGCACCAUUCAACAACUUCGUUUCAGUGUUGCCAUUGACGCUGUCGACAGUCAAGAAUCGGGAUGUAACAAUAAUCACGAAAAUUAUGAUUUGCAACAUUCGAAUGGAAUUGAAAAUGAAUGUCAAGACUCAAUGUCAUCAUCGCAAUGCAGUAAAACGAUAAUUUUGAAAGAACUCAUCAAGACAGAAACCCUUUAUUUAAAUUAUUUUGAAAUAUUGAAAGAGAAAAUCAUCCAAUCCCUCGCAAGAUGUAACAUCCUCACUCCAGAAGAAGUCGAAAGAAUGUUUUGUCUCUCCCAAUUAACCAUUCUCUUCAAAGUAAAUACUGAGCUCUUGAAUCAAUUCAAACAAGUUGAACAACAUUUACAACAGUCAUCAUCCUCUUCUUCUCCAACUCUCACACUUCCGAGUGGAUCCUCUCCGAGAGCGAAACAUUCAUUGGGACAAACAUUCUUUCGUCUCUCUCCAUUUCUUAAAAAUUAUGUUCAAUAUUCACACAUGUUGGAACCUUGUUUGAUUCAAUUUAGGAAUCGAAAAUUGAAAGAUAAGAGCUUUAAGGCUAUUGUGAAGAAAUUGCAACGUUUUUGUACUAAACUCUUGUUAGAUGCAUUGGGAGAGGAUGAAGAAAUGUUUUCAAAUUCUUUGCAAUUUUCACCAUGCAAUGAAUUUGAAAUUAUUCAGGCCAUGAAAAUGCCACUACGAAGAAUUGUAUAUUAUAGAGAUGUGUUGACACAAUUGUUAAAGUUAACACCAAUGACCAAUGAUGAAUAUUCUCCUCUCUCUGAAAGCUUUAAAUUAAUUGAAAUUGUUUCUCAAUCGUUUGAGCAACAAAUUACAGAACUCGACAAUAAGGACAAAUUUUACGAAAUUAACAAAAAGGUUCUAAAACAAUCUGAAAAUGGUGACAUUAUUUCUAUUGCAAAACCCAAUCGCCUUUUCAUUUAUGAAAAUGAAAUGUACGUGACAACGACGAAAAAUCUUGCCACUCGUCACCCUGAAAAGAGAAGAAAAUCUUCAAAAAUUUCUCCAACUGGACUUGAUAUUGAUGCCAUCAACAGAAAUGAAACAAAUGCUAAAUUUUUCCAAGAUCCUUCCUACCAUUGUGUUGGAUUUCUAUUUAAUGACAUGAUCAUGAUUUGCAGUACUCAUUUUUCAACUCCACAAACUCCAAGAACUGGUUUGAGAGAAACUGCAACCAAAAAGAAACGCAUUCGAGAAAUCGAUGCAUUACUAGGAAAGAAAUCAAUGAGAUACAAGUAUCACAUUUCAUUGGAAAGUUUUGAAGAAAGUCCAUCUAUUUGGAUUCGAAAAAUAAUUUCUGAUCAUGACCAUGCUUUUUCACACAUGUUUCAACUGGUGACCAAAGAUGUGAUUUAUACUUUCAAAAUGAGAAAUGAAGAAACAAAAACUCGUUGGAUCAAUGCCAUUCAGUCGGCCAUUGAAAAGAAUAGACAAGUUUUGGAAAAAGUCACAAAUAAUAAUCGUCAAGUUUUAUCAAGAGGUUAUUUAGACAUUCCAGAAGCAUGGGUCUUACCUUCCAUUUUAAGAAUUCAAUCACUUGCAAGAAAAUAUUUGGCAUGUCUCAAAACUCAAAGAAUUAAGAAAAAAUCUCGAAAGAAUCCAAAAACCAAGCUCGACCAUGUGAUUCAAAAAGUUUCUCAAUUAGACAAUAUUUUACUUCAAAAUCAAUCCUUUGUUGAGAGUUAUCCAAAAAAACAAGCAUCUGCUGUCACCAUUCUUCAAAACUAUGAAGAAGAUAUCAAUGAAAAUUACAUUGAAGAUGAAAAAGAAGAUUCUGAAAAAGAACAAGUUUCAUUAUCAACAACUCUUGUCACAUCAUCCAUGUCACCCAUUUCUCAACCUACUCGAAAAAGCACCAUGACUCCGAGAGGAACUCCUUCCACUCCGGUUUUGUUAAUUUCCAAUUCUCCGAGAGAAUUUGAAAGUCAAGACAAUGACUUUACUGUGAAGAAUCAUUCCAAUAGUACAAAUUCUGUAGAGUUUCAACAACAUCAACAACAACCUAUGGAUGAAAUGAAAUCGGUGGAAAUGCAUGAUUCAUUAGUGUCACAGCAACCAUCUUUAGAAAAUUCACAAACCAUUGAAAAUUCUAAUAUCAUGUCAUCCAACAAGAAUCAAACUUCAAAUAUUAUUAAUUCAGAAAUGUAUUCAAAAGAAAUUGUUUAUGAGGACGAAUUUGAAAAUGAAUAUAUCGUUCGAAUUGGAGAUGAAAUUGUUUAUGAAGAUGAACAUGGAGAUCAAAUUUCUGAAAUUGUGACUCCUGAAAAAUUCUUGGAAAUGCUUGAAAAUGCCAAACGAGAACAACAACCCAUGCAAACAAUGCAAAAUCGAGAGCAAGAACAAAUCAAUAAGAAUGAAAUUUCAAAAUCGACAAUGGAUGAAGAAAGAAAUGACACUACAACGAAUCAACUCGACAAGAAAAUUACAACGUGUGAAAUAAUUGAAGAAGAAACAGAACAGAGAGAAGAUCAUCAAAAUUCGCACCAGAUGAAUUCACAAGUCGAAACGAUGCGAGAAAAUCAUGAUUCUUCUCAGACAAGUACUGACAUAGAUCAUUAUGUUAGAAUUGACAAGAUUGAUGAAUCCGAUAGGAAGAACAGUUCUUCUUCAUUGAUUUCAACAACACACACGCUGUCACAAGAAGAAGUUCCCUCCAGCAACAACAACAACAACUCAACAACAGUUUCAUCUUCACAACCACUCGACCAACAAGAUACAAACAUGGAUUGGAACAACAUGACAAGUAAUGAUCUUAUUAGCAACAGACUGUCCACAGAAUCCAAUAAGAGUACCACUUCAUCGACUUUCAGGACCUCAACCUCUAACUCUGGUUCGGACAUUUCAAAGAAGAUAAUUGCUCCAUGGCAAGAAGAGCUUUUAAGCAAGUAUAAGAAUGAUGGAAAGUUCAAGUUUGUCACACAGACGGCAGAGCAAAAACUGACCACUACUACAUCACAACCUUCAACUCUAGAGGAUCUAUCUGUGCCACCUCAGCAGGGAUUACCACCAACAGAUCGAAUGGCUAUAAUCUCUCCUGUUCAUCAUAGGGAAUCUAUUCGAGUCAGUGCCGAUUUCCACAACUUUUUGAACAAGUUCAAGACGAUUGAGCAAAAAACAAAAAAGGAGGAACAACAAUUGUUUAGUCCUCGAGGUACUCACAUGGCAAACAGUACAAAAUCAGACCAACAACAACAUUAA